AUGUACCAGAGAAUCCUCAGAGGAGGGGACUUCUCAGAUUUCACAUGGCUUCACAGACCAACAUGUGUGGACUCCGAACAAAAACCUCUCAACCCUGAAUUAGAAAAAAGAAUAGUUAUCUACUAUGGAACAACCAUUUGUUUACCAAAAUAUACAGUACUGUACUUGUUUAUCGAGUCCCAGAGCUACUCGUUUUAUAUCCGUGGUCUUGCACAAGACUAUCCAUUUUGUUGUUGUUCUGAUUGUUCUCUGCCAUCACCACCAUUAUCUCGUGCUGUCACCUUCCACUUUUCAGUCAGUCAGAUGUUCAUGGCAUCAUCGUCAGGAACAACUGAGUGA